CUCCAAGACUCCCAACCAACUGAGUCCUGACACCCCGGCAAGGCCCAUGAUCGGUGAUCCCAUUCCCGUUGACGCUAUCCAUACUCCAUACUUCACACGCCGUACUUCGUGCAUGCACCUUUAUUCCAGCAAUUACCAAGUAACUGUGGCUUACCCAGUACCUUAUUCUCUUCCCAACCUGCCUUCUUCCUCCUUGACUCUUUACUCUUAAGCCACACGUGGGGCACUCUUUGCAGGUCAUCCAAAGCUUUAUUUCGUCUCCAUUUCUGCACAGUAAUCGACCACUUGCCACCACUCUCAUCCACAAACCACCAAACAGCAUCUACCUUGCUUCCCCACGAACACUCCUUUUUCCCAGCGCCUCGGUCGCGUCCGGACCCCGACGAUAACCAUACACUGUACGAAUCUCGCUACCUUUUGACAUUUGAAAAUCUCCGUCCGUGAUUCCCCUUCACCGACACCACCGGCUAGUCUCUACACUACUCGCUUUCGUCGGACGACCUGGGCUAUGACAUCUUAUUAAACACGACACAUUUCCGUUUCGCCCUCGACGCCAACCGCCACCCUUAGACACAAUGGCACCUCACCACGAGCCCUUCAAAGGCCUCGCGCCUAUCAAGUGGGAAUCUGUCGCCGAGGAGGAUCCAAAAGAGUUCAUGACCGGCGUAUUUGCCAACGCUCAAACAGUCAUCGACUCCAUCCCCGUCCCCGCCGCCGUCAAGCAAGCCACUGCUUCCCACGGCCGAUCCCGCUCCCACACUGACCCCCCGAUACCUGUCGCCGACAUCAACCGUUCACUCUCCCAGCGACAGACCGGUGCCGCGCUGAAGCUGUCGCAGGACCUGUCCAAAGAGUGGAAAGAGGUCAAGGUCAAUGCCAAGGAUAACCCGCUAGCAAUCAACGUGUAUAAGCUCGCCGCCAAGGACGGCAAGGGUAGCUGGUUCGCCCGGCGCAGCGUUCACGAUGGUUUGACUUUUGAGAAGUGGAAGCUGGGCCUCGAGAGAGAAUUUGCCGAGUCCAUGAAGGUGCAGAGCGGGCCCGGCGCCGGCGCCAUCCGCGGCAUUGGAGCAGAGAAGCGGGCGGCACAUGAGGUUGUGGAAGGCUCUGGAAAAAUGGAAGUAUUCCAAUUAUCGGCGCAAUUCCCAGGCCCGACGGCUCCGAGAGACUUUGUGACGUUACUGCUGAGUUCCGACUUUUCCGGCGGCGCCCCGCAAGAAGGUGCUAGGCGGCCGCUCCGGACCUACAUGAUUGUGUCGAAACCAUGCAUUCAUCCCGAGUGCCCCGAGCGGCCAGGCUAUAUUCGAGGCCAAUACGAGUCGGUCGAAAUCAUUCGCGAGAUCCCGUCCGAUAAGCCGGCUGCGAUCACGCGAGCACGAUCCUCGAUUGAUCUCAGUCAGGAAGGCGCCAAAGAAAGACAAGCUGUAGCUGAGUCUAUGGGCAAGGAGGCUGUUCUACGGGCAGCGAAAAAGGCAGCAGAUCCAGACGGCCGUCAUCGAGGUACAUCUGUUGACAGUGCACCUGCCAGAGACGACGCUGGGCACACCGGCGAAGGCAUCGAGGAGGAAGCGACGACGUCUGUUGAGUGGCUUAUGGUUACUCGUAGUGAUCCCGGCGGCAACGUGCCCCGAUUCUUAAUUGAUCGAGGUACACCGGCAGGCAUUAUUGGAGACGCCGGCAAGUUCCUCAAGUGGAUGACUGCGAAGUCCGCAGAUGACUUUUCAACGUCAGAUAAAGAGCAGGAGGAGACGAAAGAAGGCGCUAAGCAGGCCGAGAGCGAAAAGGUCGCUUCCCCAAUGGAGGUGGCCAAGCAACCAACAUCGAAUUUGUUACCUGAAGAGUCGGCACAGGUGCAGGAUAACUCCGUCCCGAGUAGUAACGGCUUGUACGGCAUCAUAUCCGGUGCUUUCGGAAUGGCUAGCUCUGUUGUGGCUAGUCGCCUACCAGAGGGCUACGCUUUACCUGGAAUAUUCACUGCACCAAGUACCAACGGGUCGAUAGCGGAGGAAGAUGAAGAGGAUGAGUCGGUGGAAAGCGACACGUCGUCCAUCCGAAGCUUCGCUUCAGCAGUCGAGAAGACGGACGAGGGUGAGCCCAUCACGCCACCAGAGGUUACGCAGCCUGACAGCGUGUCGCUUCACUCGUCCGGAUCCGGCGGCGGCGCGUCCCUCCAAGGGUCCAAGACGUCGUCGCACCACGAGAGGGAGCUCAGGAAACUCCAGGAGCGGCGCCAAAAGAUGCAAGACAAGAUCAACAAGAUGCAAGAGCGCAUGUCUAGCAAGCGUGACCAAGACUCGCAAAAGGAGGCCGCCAACCUAGCGAAGCUCCGCGAGAAGCACGAAAAGGAGAUGGCCAAGCAGGAGGACAAGUACAAGCGCGACAUGCAGCGCCUCGAGCAGCGCCGCGAGCACGAACAGCGCAAGGCUGAGGAGAAGCGGCGGAAGCAAGCAGAAAAGGAGGAGAAGUCAAAUUUGGCCUUGGAGCUCGAGCGCGUCAAGGCGGAGCGGGAUGUGGCGCUCAAGGAGAUUGACGUCCUCAAGGAGCAGGUGGGUCAGCUGCAGAGCCAGAAUACCAUGCUGGUUGUUAAGAUGGGCAAGAUGGGCGGGAUGGGCGGUAUGAAGAGACAGGACUCGUCGUUGAGCGUAUCGGGAGAAAAGGCGGUUCAGACCGUGUCCAACUAGGGGCCAUGUAAAGUGUACGACGACGACAGAGAGACAGAGGGAAGGAAGACAUGUCAGCUGCAGGACAGGAUACCCAGCUUGAUGCAGACAGAGAGAUCUCUGUAGAGGAGAUGAGAUGACGCAUGAGCAUCCAAUGGCGUUCGGGGCG